ACUACAAUAUUGGUCCCUGAAGUUUACUCUGUGUGCGCAAUUGGUCCCUCAAGUUUGAAGCGAGCACAAUUAGUCCCUUAAGUUUUAAAACUGAGUUGUAUUAAUCCUUUUACUAACUGUUGUUAACGGUAUUACUUAUGUGGCUAAUGAAAUAAUGACUUGGCAUUUUUUUUAAUGAUGUGGCAUGUUUUUAAUUAAAAAAUUACCAUCUAAAUUAAAACGUAAGAAAAAAUAUUCACAACUGUUACCAAAUUAAAAACCCACGACAAGAGAGAAGGGGAGAGAGGGAAGAAACCAAGCUCUAGCCGCCGCUUGAACUCCCACGCCCUAGCCGCCGCCGGCAAUAGCAUAAGUCAUAGCUGCCGCCGGCAACAGCACCAGCCCUAGCAAUCGCCGGCGACAGCCACUGCCCUAGCAGCCGUCGGCGACAGCCACUGACCCACCUCCCUUCUCCUCUCGCAUAACCACUUUCCCGCCUUCGUCCUCCCAUCUCAGGGAUGGAUGACUUUGACUUCACAAUCACCCUUUAUUAUUGGGGGAAGAUUAAGAAUAAUCCAUAUAGAUACGAAGGAGGGGAGGUAAAGAUAUAUAAAGAUAAUAAUUCUGAUGAAAUGUCACUUGUUGAGAUAUGGAAUAAGGCCAAAAAUUUUGGGUAUGGUGAAAAUGAUGUAUUUAUGUAUAGAGUGCCUACUAUGCCAUUUGCAGGUGGUUUAAAACCUUUGGAGAAUGAUGUUGAUGUAAUGAACAUGGUGAAGUGUAUUAGGGGUUAUAAUGAAGUGGAAGUGUAUGUUAUGUUCUUGGAUGAUUAUGAGAAUGCUAUUGGUAAUGAGGGAGAUGGGGAAGAUGGUGAUAAUGAGGGGGGUAAUCUUGAUGAGGGAGAUAAAGUAGAUGGAGCUGUUAGUGAAGAGGAUAGUGCUCAUAGAGUUCAUUUUGGGUGUAGUGAAAGUGAUGACGAUGAUAUGUUUGCACAGUAUAUUAGCAGUGGUGAAAUAGCCUCCAAAGUAAAAGGCUUACCUGAUGAGACCUUGUGUCUUAGAAAAGAUAAGCAGGUGAAACUCAAAGAGGGGAGAAAGGGUAAGGUUAGUGCAUGUGGGGUUAGUCUUAGAAGGGUUGGUGGCAGUGGGGUUGAUCCUAGUGGUGUUGGUCAGAGCGAGGUUGGUGCAAGUGGUGUUGGUCCUAUUGGGAUUGAUGCAAGAGGUGUUGAUCCUACACGGGUUGAUGCAAGUGGGGUUAAUCCUAAUGCAAAUGCGCUUGUUGCAUUUGGAGUUGAUAGAGAUGAAGAUAAGUGGGAGUCAGAGACAUCUGCAAGUUUGGUUAGUUCAUCUGAUGAUGAAACUAGGCCUAGGUAUCCUCAAUACCAUCCACCAGAAUCCUUCUCUGAGGUGCACUUUGAACUUGAGAUGCAGUUUGCCACGAAAAAGGACGUCAUGGAUGCUAUCAAACUCUACUCUAUUUUCAAAGGGGUUCCAUUAAAGUUUAAAAAAAAUGACAAAGUAAGGGUAAGAGUAAAAUGCACAGAUAGAUGUCCUUUUGAGUUGUAUUGUGGAAAGAUGAAAGAUGAAGAUACUUGGAUAGUGAAGAAAUUGAAUCCAGAACAUAAUUGUGGGAGGCGAUUUAGGAAUAGAUUUGCAUCUUCAAAUUGGCUUGGGAAGCAUCUAGUGGAUGAUGUGAGGAGUGACCCAAAUGUGAAGACGUUCGUUAUUAAAGACCGAGUUGUAAAUAAGUUUAAGGUUCAUAUUAGUAGGUAUCAAGCAUCUAGAGCAAAAGGUAGGGCUAAAGAAUUAGUGCAUGGAACUUUUACAGAACAAUAUGCCCAAUUGGGGGAUUAUUGUGAAGAAUUGUUGAGAAGCAACCCUGGGUCUACUAUACUAAUCUCUACCAAUAGACCUCAACCACACUUGCAACCGAAAUUUGAGAGAUUAUAUGUAUGUUUGGAUGCUUGUAAGAAAGGCUUUUUAGCUACUUGUAGGCCUUUCAUUGGUGUUGACGGAUGUCAUUUGAAGGGUGAGUAUCCAGGACAGAUCUUGACAGCAGUUGGCAAGGAUGGCAAUAAUGGUGUUUACCCAAUUGCAUUUGCCGUGGUUGAGGCAGAAACAAAGGACUCUUGGACAUGGUUCAUGAAAAGGUUGCUUGAUGAUAUUGGAAGUUUAAGGGAUGAAGGGUGGACCUUCAUGUCUGACCAGCAAAAGGGAUUAACACAAAUGUUUGAUGAGCUCAUGCCAGGUGUGGACCAUCGAUUUUGUGUUCGACAUCUAUAUAAUAACUUUAGUAAGGAUCAUAAGGGUAAGCUACUAAAGGAUCGCCUGUGGGCAGCUGCUAGGGCCACUAACAUGUCUGAGUUUCAGUUUGAAAUGGGGAAGAUCAAGAAGUUAAACAUAAAGGCAUGGGAAUGGUUGGUUGGAAAGGAACCUAGGUUUUGGACCAGAGCAGCUUUUAGAAGGUAUCCCAGGUGUGAUGCACUAACUAACAAUGGAUGUGAAAAUUUUAAUUCUCAAAUAUUGGAGUAUAGGGAUAAACCAAUAAUCACUAUGUUGGAGGAGAUUAGAUUGCAUCUGAUGGCUUAUUAUAUUAAGAAGAAGGAGAAAAUGACAAGGUAUCAUGGUCCUAUAUGUCCUAGAAUCCAGAACAAGUUAGAGAUUGAAAAAAUUAAUAGUACAGAUUGGAUUCCAGUUUGGUGUGGGGAUAGCAAUGAGUCAAAGUUUGAAGUAUCAAAAUUGCCUGACAAGUAUGUAGUUGACAUAAAGCAGCGUACAUGCUCAUGUGGAUCAUGGGACCUAACUGGGAUUCCUUGUGCACAUUCUAUAGCUGCAUUGGGAUAUAUGGGUCAUACAAUUGAAGACUAUGUACAUCAUUGCUAUAGUAUGGAGUCCUUAGCCCAGACAUAUGGGUCAUGUGUAUACCCUAUUAAUGGUCCCAAGUUGUGGCCACAAAGUGAUAGAGAAACCAUACUCCCUCCUAAAAAAAUAAGACAAGGGGGAAGGCCUAAAAAGAAGAGAAAGAAGGAACUUAAUGAGCUAAGCAAUCCAUAUAAGAUGAAGAGGAGAAUUGGCCAUGUUAAAUGCAGCCAAUGUGGGAAAGUAGGCCAUAACAAGAGAAGGUGCAAUCCCGCUACGAAUAAAUCAGCAACUCAAGCUAGCAAACAACAAAGAGUAAGAAAGCCAAAUGUAACAACUCAGAGUUUGGAAGACCAAGAUCAUGGGAUGUCUUCAAACCAUGUAGAACCUACUAAUGAGGCAGCACAUCCAUCACAAAUACGCCAUGAAGCACAUGAAAAUCAACAUAUUGAAAAACUACCUAUUAGGACAGGAAAAGUCACAACACAAAGUCAGCCAGCACCCCAAUGUGAAGGAGUGCAUCGAAUUCAACUAGCAUCUCAGGUUAUGAUCAUUACAUUUAUAUGUUACAACCAAAUUGCCUAUGUUGUUUCUACUACAUUGUUUCUGCUAGAUUAAUAUCCUUGUGCACUUUCUCAGGUUAGACACAAAGAAG